AUGGAACUGGAGAACAAAUCAGCGAUCGUCACGGGAUCGGCCUCUGGGAUUGGACUGGAGGUGGCGCUCACGCUGGCGGCCAACGGGGGGUCUGUUACGGUGGCCGACCGGAACUUGUCGGGGGCAGAGGCGGUUGUACGCCAGAUAACGGAGGCAGGUGGCACGGCACGAGCCGCCGAAGUAAACGUUACCGACAAGGGCCGGGUUGCGGGGAUGGUGGAGGGCGCUGUGGCGGCGUUCGGGUCGCUGGACAUAUUCGUGAACGUUGCCGGCUUUGGCUUCAAUUCCCUGAUAGUCGACAUGGCCGAGGAGGACUGGGACCUUGUUCUGGACGUGAACCUCAAGGGGCAGUUCCUUGGGUGCCAGGCCGCUGGGCGCAGGAUGAUCGACCAGGGCACGGGCGGGCGAAUCGUGAACAUCGCCUCCACCGCCGCCAACAACGCGCGUUACCAAGGGGGCGCCUACUGCGCCGCCAAGGCAGGGGUGGUGCAGCUGACGAGGGUCCUGGCCCUGGAGCUGGGGGAGUUCGGAAUAACGGUCAAUGCCGUCGGCCCAGGAUUCACAGAGACGCCAGCCACCGUGGAAACGUCCGACGAGUACCGGACCAACUUCCUGGCGCAGGUGCCGGCCGGACGGUCGGGACGACCAACGGAUAUCGCCAACGCGGUAUUGUUUCUCGCCUCCCCCCUGGCAGAGUACGUCAACGGACAGGUGAUCUACGUGGAUGGCGGGUAUUCCGCGGGGAAACUGACCGUACGGGGCUGA